UGAAGCUCUCGUUGAUCUCGUAUUCUCAGUCACCAUCGAUCAACUGCAACACUACCAUUGCAUCAAUUGCUACAAAAUCCGUAGCAAUGGUGCAACCGCGGCUGCUCAGUCGCUCACCAGCACUAUGUAGCCGCCGCUGCUAUGCCACCGCAGCAACUUCCGCUCAAACUGGCCUGAUCUCUCGCCCUCCCAUCAUGCCGACGAUCAGAACCAAGGAUACCAAAUCCAAGUCUAAACCACCACCGAAAUUCACCGAGAAUGGCACCAUGUGGAAGUACACGCCCCGUACACCUGGCCUGCGAUGGCUUCAACGUCCUAUCAACCUGCAUCUGCACAAGGGCAAGCCGUUGCGUGAGUUGACCUUUCCGAAGAUGGGCAUUGGCAAAGGCGGCCGCAACAACACAGGCAGGGUGUGUGUUCGUCACCGCGGAGGCGGUCACAGACGACGCAUUCGCACCGUGGACUUUUACCGCAUGAGGCCCGGUGAGCACGAAGUCGUCCGCAUCGAAUACGAUCCUAACCGCUCCGCUCACCUGGCCCUCCUCAAGCCUGUCGACCCAAACAGCCCAGCGAACAUCUUCAAAGUAGGCAAGGGCCGCCAUGCCAAGGAAGUCUCGACACAGUACUCUUACGUGAUUGCGGCAGAGGGCAUGCGCGCUGGCGACAGGGUCCAGUCCUUCCGUGCAGGCAUCCCACAGUCUCUCAUCGAUGAGAUGGGAGGCGUCAUCGAUCCGGGUAUGCUCGCUGCGAAAACCGCGUUCCGCGGAAACUGCCUGCCUCUGCAUCUCGUGCCCACGGGCACGCAGGUCUUUAAUGUUGGUAUACAGCCCAAUGGUCCGGCUGUGUUCUGCCGCUCGGCAGGGACAAGCGCGAUCGUGGUUGCGAAAGAAGAAGGCAUCACCGACGAAGACGGUACAGUGAAGCCCUACCGCUGGGUGCAGAUCAAGCUACAGUCUGGCGAGGUGCGUCGCGUGCACAAGGACGCGUGCGCUACAAUCGGCGUGGCGUCAAACCCACACUGGCAGUUUAGGAUGCUCGGAAAAGCCGGCAGGAGUAGAUGGUUGAACAUACGCCCGACUGUGCGUGGUAUGGCCAUGAAUGCGUGCGAUCAUCCGCACGGAGGUGGCAGAGGUAAGAGCAAGGGUAAAAGGAUUCCCGUAAGUCCUUGGGGCACACCUGCAAAGAGCGGAUACAAGACCAGACCGAAGCGGAGGAUUAACAAGUUCCUGGUGCAUGAGAGGCCUAGAAACCAAGGCAGGAGGAGAAACAAGCAGGGCUAGCACAUCAUCUCUCUGACAGAUCUCUUUGUAUACAAUAUCGUGUGUAUAAGUGCGUGGGUAGUUUGUGUGUUUCGUCAAUCUCGCAGACAUGUAGAAGCAAUUGAGGAUCUUUAGAAUGUCUUCGCAUUUCGUUUUAGG